AUGGUCUUGUUUUUUCAGAUUAUUCUUGAAAAAACUUUGUUUAAUGAAUAUAUAAUUGGAUUACAAAAAAUAUUUUUGUUGCAGGAUACCUUGUGGAACAAAUCUGAAGCUUUGGAAAAUUUAGUAAAAAUGCUAAAACAACAAAAUACUUGUGAAAAUUUGGAACCUGGACCAGCGGCUUUACUUUUCGAAGCGCUCUUUACAUGUCAACAUCAGGAUAAAAUGCAUUUUCUGGCCGUUGAGGCUCUAGCUCUAAUGGUUAGAUGUGUACGACCAGAAGUCUUAGACCAAUGUCUUGGUAGAUUGAGCCUGGGGAUCUGCAAAAUAGGAGCGCCAUCAGGAGUUAGUUUGGCUCUUUUGAUAAUGAAAAAGAGUCCGCCAAAGAGAUUAUUAAGUGAAGUAAUGGAGAGAUGCUUUGGACACAAAACCAGAGAAGGAGCUUUGCAACUUCUGAUGGCUUCAGCAAGACUUCUACCUAGAAACGAUCUGGAAAUUCAAAAGAUGACAGAGUUUGCAGCUGCUACUUUGAGGGAUCGUAGACGCAGAGUUCGGCACGCCGCUCUUGAAACAUUGGCAACGUUGGCACAACUUACAUCUAAUGCAGAAGUAUUGGAUACAGUCGAAAGAGUGACCAAAUCUUUACCUGAUCACCAAUAUGUGCUUCGCGUAAUGAGAACAAGAUUGUCUCGACGUCAACUUCCAACAGUUGAACUAGAUGGCACAGUCCGCUAUUCGACUCCAAGAGAUCAAACGGAAUUGGAGUGGCUAUCGGGAAUAAACAAUACAGAUACUCAGUCUGUAUCAUCUUCGGCAUCUUCCUCAAACAAUUCAGUAAAUUACUGGAGACACAACUCCCGCCAUGAAGAAGAUGAGCCCAUAAUGGAAACAACAUUGUCUUCAGUUAAGGUAUGUAAAUUUAUUCGCUUAGUGCAAAGUCAUGGUAGGGGAAGCAAAAGCGAUACUAGUGCUAGCUGCGAAUAA